AGAGAUAGAGGACGCACACGCACACCAUGCUGACUAACAAAUGUUUCAGAAACAUGUAAGAUCUGUCAGGAGCAAGACUGGAGUGGGCCCUGGGACAAAAUGUGAAGGGGAGGCAGGAGGAGGAGACUGAAGAGCAAGCUGUUUCUAGACUGCCUUCAGGGGCCCAGGUAUAUCUUCCCCAGCUCUGCACAAUUAUAUCUACGCCCCUCAGGUCUAUUCAGAAGUAUCCUCUGUACAUUCAUUGAAUGCUUGUGGGGGCAGGGGGGGAGCUAUAAGGCUGCACCAGCUAGCCACAGAGCUGCACCUGCUGGCCACACCCCUGGCAGGGUUCUGAACUGUGUGGAGAAGCCCUCCCUGUGUUUAACGCUAUUUUGCAGACAAAUGCUGAAUGCCAGGAUGCCUGGAAGGUAGUGUGGUGGCUCGCCUCAGCAUUCCUGUCCCACCCCACCCACCUUACAUGCGGGCCUCUGAACCUUUAAGAGCUAGCAAAGACCCUAACAACGCGCCCGUUUGCAACACUUUCCCUUCCACCCGAUGUGUUCAGUAUGGCUGGCUGCAUUGGUGCACAGAAGCAGCAGCAGGAGGAGAGGAGUUUUAAAUCAGUGUUUGCUUUGGGAAAGGCUGUUAGCAUUUCCCUCUAUUAUGUUUGUAAUGGUGGUCUCAUGGACCACCUAAAAGCGGGUUGCAGACUACAAGGUAAGCAUCGUAAAAAGAACGGGCAAAUAAGUGCACUUAUGUUGUUAAUAAUGUAAGUAUACCCUUUUAAUGUACCCUUUUAACUCUCCUGGGGAAAAAGAUCAGUUUGAUUUUACCAAUGGGGUAACACUGCGGGGCUGGCUCAAGGCCACCCAUAGCGAUUUUAUGGAAGAAUCUGAACUCGGAUCUCGUCUCAGUCACAAAGUUGGCACACCAACCACCGCAUCGCGCCAAUUUACGUAGAAGUGGGAGGGAGUGAUCUGAAAUUUGUGAGGCGUUGAAACGAAGCUAAAUUCCAGGAAGCGCGGGGUGGGAGGGAUAGAUAUAUGCGGGGGCAUUAGAAGAGAGGAAGUUCCGCGCGAAAAAGUGGCCCUUUUUUCCUUUUUCUUGGCCUCUGGUCUUUUGGUCCAGUUUCCCUGAGUUCCACCUUCUUUUGCUUUAUACACAAACACCCCACACGUCUGGCAAUGCCCUUAUAAAGUAAUUCGCGCGCAUGGACACUGUGUCCCGCCCAGACCCAAGGCGAUCACGCCGCCUCCAGAGCCCAGGGGCGCUGCGCGCGGCCCAGAAACAACAACACGCUCGCUCGCUCGCUCUGUGUGCUGUCCCACCAACUGUGUUGAGCUGCUGCUGACCCUCUUCUGCUCAUGGUCAGCCGCCAGACCUGCAAACUCUACCCGGCGGCUGAGUAAUCUCAGCACUUUGCCCGAGGACGAGAAGUGGAAGAGGGAGACGGCGCGCGCCUUCGUUGAUUUUGGAGCCAAGGGGAAGUAUUAAAUCAGCCCAGAACUGUCCUGGAUCUGUGGGACUUCAGAACGGCCAGCCCCAAAUGUUCCAAAUCAAAAGACUGCCUUCAGAACUCAGGAGGUUGGCUUAACACUUGGAGCCCUUACAACCUGGUCUCCAAGCCAGAAGGAAGAUGGCACCAACCCUACAGCAGGCGUACCGCCGACGGUGGUGGAUGGCCUGCACUGCCGUGGUGGAAAAUCUCUUCUUCUCGGCAGUUCUGCUGGGCUGGGGCUCCUUGCUCAUCAUGCUUAAAUGUGAGGGAUUGUACUCCCAUGUUUGCACAGGUAAGAAUGACACCAACGACUCGGCCUCAGCCUUGGCUGUUAUGCCUCAUUCUUGGCCCAGCUGUGUGGAACAGGAGGAGAUGCUCAACCUGGGUUUCACCAUCGGCUCCUUUUUGCUGAGUGCUGCCACCUUGCCCCUAGGAAUAUUAAUGGACCGAUUUGGCCCCAGGCCACUCCGUCUGGUUGGCAGUGCCAGCUUUUCGCUUUCCUGUGCUCUCAUGGCCCUGGCUGCCUACAAACCACCAGUUCUUUCCCCACUGAUUUUUCUUGGUCUUUCCCUGAAUGGCUUUGGUGGAAUCUGCCUGACCUUCACCUCCCUAACUCUGCCCAAUAUGUUUGGGAAUCUCCGUUCUACCUUCAUGGCACUCAUGAUUGGUUCAUAUGCUUCCUCUGCCGUUACUUUUCCUGGUGUCAAGUUGAUCUAUGACUCGGGAGUUUCCUUCAUCACCAUCAUGUUCGUCUGGUUAGGCCUGGGUAGCCUCAUCUUCCUCAACUGCUUGAUCAAUUGGCCCACAGAGUCCUUCCCAGCUCCCGAGGAGGUCACCUACACGAAGAAGAUCAAACUGAGCAGCCUGGCCCUCGAUCACAAAGUGACCGGCGACCGGUUCUACAUGUACGUGACUGCUGUGGGGCAGCGGCUGAGUCAGAAAGCGCCCCAUCUAGAGAAGCAUGGAUCUCUGCAGGACCUUCGCCAAGGGGCCACAGAGUCCUCCCAGCACUCCAUCCCCUUUUGCCACAGCGUCUGCUCCCCCAUUUUCCUGUGGAGUCUCAUUACAAUGGGUAUGACCCAGCUGCGUGUCAUAUUCUACAUGGCAGCCAUGAACAAGAUGCUGGAGUUCCAGGUGACGGGUGGCAUGGAGAAUGUAUCAGUGGAGCUGAAGGAUGAAGCUGAAAAAACAGUCGGCUUCUACUCCUCCAUUUUUGGGGUCAUGCAGUUACUGUGCCUUUUCACUUGCCCCUUCAUUGGCUAUGUGAUGGAUUGGCACAUGAAGGACUGUGUGGAUAGCCCAGGAAACGUGGGCUCCAUGGCAUCUGACAGGACUGGGGGGAAAGGGAAGUCUAAAGUUCGCUACCGUAAGAUCCAAAAGCUCACCAAUGCUAUCCGUGCCUUUGUCAUCACCAAUCUGCUGCUGGUGGGGUUUGGUACCACUUGUCUGAUCAACAGUCUCCCUCUACAGUAUGUGACCUUCAUCCUUCACACCAUGGUUCGUGGCUUCUUCCAUUCUGCCUGUGGAGGCCUCUAUGCUGCUGUGUAUCCGUCCAAUCACUUUGGGACAUUGACCGGUCUACAAUCAUUGAUCAGUGCUGUAUUUGCUCUCCUCCAACAGCCACUCUUCAUGGCUAUGGUGGGGCCACUGCAUGGCAACCCCUUCUGGGUGAACCUUGCCCUCCUCAUCUUCUCUUUUGUGGGCUUCCUACUCCCCUGCUAUCUCUACUUCUUCCGCCGCAGACUUCUCCAGGAACAAGUAGCAAAAGCAGGGACUCCGGAUCAGGCGAAUGGUGCCGAAGUCAAACUCCAGGACAGUGCAGCUACCAACGGCUUGUUGAGCAAUGACGUCACCACUGCAUAAGCCAGGAAUGGGGAAGGUGGGGAGUUUGUGGGUGACAGAGAACAGGAUGCGGACUCAGUGCGCCUGACAGAUGGUGCGAGGCACUAUUAGCGAGGGGAGGGGGAAAUACUGUGAACACUUUCUAUUUGGGAACUAUGAACAGAACUGAGAUGCUUUUAUUUCUCAACAAAUGCAUAUCUAUAUUUAUAUCUAUCUAUAUAAUAUAUAUAUAUAUAUCUAUAGAAAGAGAACUCUAUUUUUUUGCAGAGUACUUUAAAUGGCCCUAUGGUUUUUUAAAUAGAUCUGAUAUCUAUUUAAAGAUAGAUGUCCUGUCAGCCAGUGAGCUUCAGAGCUCUAGAAUAUGGCUCGGUUAUAUUUUUUAAAAGCUCUCCCUCUUGUAAAGAGGUGCCAGAUCACAGUGACUAUGUCUAGUUCGUAGCAGUCAGUCAGUACUUUCCAGUCCAGUGUUGCUAAGUGGCGUGGCGAGCAAAUGACUGUUUUUACUUCUCCUCUCCACGUGAUAGUUAUCAUAAAUAACAUCAGGAGGUGAAUUAACCGCACACAGAUGUAAGUUCAAAUUGAAUGUUUUCUAUCAGUUGACAGUGAUGAAUCGAGAUGUUUCCUUGUACUAUGGCAACUAACGUUGGGGUGUCUGAAAAAUGGGGUGUAAUGCUGGGACAUCCCUUAUCAGCUGACAUUGCUAGCCUUGCCUCCCUUCUCCCAAUCCUCUCUCUGCACUUUUCGUAAAGCAACCUCCUUCUUUAUGGUUUCCCAGAGACAAAGGUCUGAUGGCCUCUUGGGUGCUACACAUUUUUCAGCUGCUUGGACUUGACAGCAGGAAUGACAGGGUAUGUAAAUUGCAGUACUGAAUCUGGUUAACACUGAAGAGGACAUUCAUUUGACAGGAUUUGUGUAGGAGAGAAUAGAAUGUCAUUUUUUUAAUGAUCUCCUUUGGAUCAUGUCCUUGCAGAGAGCACUGUAUUAUUUCCUCUUAGAGCUGGGUUAGCUAUUACACAAGCCAUGCUGCCAGACCUCGGUCAAAUUAUUUAUUUGUAUUUAAAUUUAUACAUUGCCUUUCUGCCAAAAAUGGUCCUUAAUGUGGCUUACAGUAAAUGUAAAAUACACUCAGUACAACUUAAAACAAACAAAAUCUUAAAACUAAUAACUAAUAGCAACAGACAGAGAUAAAAUGCAGCGAGUUCAAAACCCAAACAACAACAACAACCCAUUUCCUCCAUUGAGCUUUUUAUCCAGCAUCAAUUAGAUGGCCAGGUAGAUGUCUCUUGGGCAGGUGUUCCAGAGCUGUCACUGAAAACGCUCUGAUCCUGUUCGAAGAUAACCUCCCUGCUGACAGUGCUGGCACUUGGAGCAGUUACUCUGCAGCAGUGCGCAACUCAAGGUGGAUUGAAAUAGAGAAGUUGCUCUUUAAAGUAUCCUAGGUUCAGACCGUUAGGGCUUCAAAGGACAAAACUGGCGCCUUGAACUUGACUUGGAAACAAACUGGUAGCCAGUCCAACAUGAAAAAGAAUGGUUGUUAUAUUCAUCUUGGGCCUACAGCUAAAAGGGAUCACCUCAGAACAUGAAUGAUUCCUUAUAUGACAGAGGAAUGGUGGCUAUGUUGUGAGAGAGUUUUGCAAUACGGUCAAUCUGCCUAGCAAGUGGGAAUGACUAUUCAGUAAGGAGUACAAUGGGUGUGGCAUGAGCCUCCUAUUCUGUGUGCCUGUUUGAGUUCAGGCAGAAGAGAAGAGUUGUGCCAUGUCAGUCAGAGUGAUUAUGGCCCACACAGACCUCAAUUUGUUUUUUUAAAUACAGUGAUGAUAUAUCCUCUCACACUCCUAGGGAUACCUGCCAUCAUCACUCAUUUACCUCAAUGCAUUUCUUUAUAGGCAUGCACAUUUAAGAUUGCUCAUUUCUUAGCACUUACAAAAACUAGGUUAUAUUAUGUUGGUAGGCUAUCAGGGCAAUUUGAAGUCAGCCAGCCUGAUGUCAGUUCUACUGGAUGUCUGUGGUAGAGACAUAGUGGGAGAACAGUGCCCUCUAAUGGCCAGACACUGAAAGUAUAUGUUUUUAGAAGCUGGCAGAAAUAUGUUCAGGUGCUAGAAUACUGUGAUACUGCUGAUGAAUCCUCACAAGUCUUCCCCUCAGUUAUUGGUAUAUUUGGUAUUCAUUAGCUCCAAGUGAUAUUUGGUUUAUAGUUUGAUGUUUCAGAAGAAAUAAGAAAAAAGAUAAUGUGACGUGUUUUUCACUAGACUAGUACUUGAUUUGAGAAAAGGCUCAUUCACCAGAACAUGGGAUGUAAAACUGAAGAUGGUAGUUUCUGAGCAUGUGCAGAGUGACACUCUUUUACCAGUGAGUAAUCAUAACCAUCCCUCAUGCAGCUGCAUCCAGGGACUGCUCUAGUUGUGCUUUUAAAAGGUAUUUAUGUGUGACUAGUUGUACCAGAAUGUGGACGGAGAUGCACAUUUCAAUGUGAAUUCUGUUGAAAGCAGUGCAAUGCACACAGAUAGACUCUACACUCUGAUUCUUAUUUUGAAGUGCAUCCAAUUUGCUCCUGUGGUUCCUGAGCCAGCAAGUGAUACAUGCAUGGAAACCUGCUUCUCCAUAUGGAUCCUCUUUAUCUACAUUGGGCCUCUGGAUUUACGGAUAUGAACUUCUAAUGGGGUAAUUUCCAGGCAGAUUUGAGGUCUAACACUCUUCUUUCUCAUCAUCAAGUACUGCACAAGACUAAGAAACAAUAGUAAGAAAUAAAUUGAUAAUUAAAAAACCACGAAAAGUAAGGAAAGUGGGGCAGGUAUCAUGAGACUAUAUGUGAAAAGAAGGUGGUCAGAAAGGACACACUUUCUGCAUGAGAAACAAUGCCUUAGCAGUGGUCUGGACAAGAGUAAAUUUUUCAGAAAUGACUGUAAGGUGCUUCAGAGGCCUAAGUGGAGAUGAAAUUCAAUGCUGAUGAAUGAAAAACAAUUUCAGAUAGAUUACAGUUUAUCAGGGCUCAUGUGGUUAUAACGUUGAGAGUCCCCAGGCCAUAGUAUCAUACAACUCCACUUAAGUCUAUGUCUGAAUAAAAGCUUUAAGAACAGAAACAAUGGUGGUAAUUAUUUUAUAAUGGAAGAAAGAAGACACAUUAGGGACAUUAAUCAUUUUUAAAAGCAGCAAGUAUUUAAAUAAAAUCAACUCAACAGUGGGGAGGAUGUUCUCUAAAUGGAGAUGGGGUACAACCAUUCAGGAAUUGCGCUUCCAGUUAUCUGUCCCUGCAUCGCAGUUGUUCUGACUUGGGAGAUAAAUCUGGCUUCAUACUGCUUCCAGCAUCUAAUGAUGUAGACUGUUCUCUACAAAAGCUCAUGCCACAAUAAAUCAGUCUCUAAAGUGUCGCAGCA